AUGUCCGACCACCAAUACAAGUUCGGGGUGACAAUGACCUGCGGCGGCUGCUCCGGUGCUGUGGAGCGUGUCCUCAAGAAGCUCCAAGGCGUCAAGUCCUUCGAUGUCAGUCUAGAGACUCAAACUGCCACCGUCACCACCGAGUCUGAUCUUCCCUAUGACACGGUGCUGGCUACUAUCAAAAAGACCGGCAAGACUGUGACAAGCGGCGAGGCCGAUGGGGAGACCAAGGAGGUUUAG